CUGGUGGCACUGACUGGCAGCACUGCUGGGCAACACUGGUGGGUGGCACUGGUGGGCAGCACUGGUGGGUGGGCACAGGUGGGUGGGCACAGGUGGGUGGCACUGCUGGGCACAGGUAGGUGGCACUUCUGUGCACAGGUAGGUGGCACUGCAGAGUGGCACAGGUGGGUGCACUGCUGGGCACAGGUGGGUGAUCUUCUGGGCACAGGUGGGCAGAACUUGCGGGUGGCACUGCUG